UCUAUCAGGCCUCUGCACAUGUUUUCUAAGAAGGAAGUAAAUAAUGCAAGAGGCUUGCGAGAAAGUCUCUGAACGGAGCUCCUUCUGCAACCAUCACUGAUCCGGGUUCAGGUUCCACAGUCAGAGCCAACACUGAGACUCUGAUGGCUGGAGGUGGCGUGCUUGUCUCAGACCAGCAAUCGUGGGGGAGAAACUGGAGAGCUCCUGUGAGUCAGUGGCCGGUUCCUGAUCGAAUGUCAGUGCAGGAAAAGAUCUGAAGCGGAGGCAUGGAUGCAGUUAAACCUGUGAAUUCCGGGCAAACAUGCAGACAUGGAGGUGCAAUGACAGGGUUCAGACGGGCCAAAGGUCCAACUCCUGAGUGACUCCUCCUUGGUCACAGCCUGCCAGUGUCGUUCAGGCUUCCUCCUGGUUCUGGUCUGACCGCGCUGGAACGAGAAGCUGCUGAUCUGGAGCACCCCAGACUGGACAGGGACUGAGAAGGAAUACCAAGCAGCCAUGGAGAGCCGGAUCACUCAGAUUUCCAGAGAUGACCUGGAAGACCUCCGAGAAGCUUUCGACAAAAUCGACAUUGACAACAGCGGCUACGUGAGCGACUUUGAACUUCAGGAAUUGUUCCGAGAAGCGCGUUUCUCUCUGCCGGGGUACAAAGUGCGCGAGAUCAUCGAGACCUUCAUCGCCGGUGACACCAACAAGGACGAGAAGAUCAGCUUUGAGGAGUUUGUUUUGAUUUAUCAGGAGCUGAAGAGCAAGAAGUACAGCGAGACGUUCCGGAAGAGCAUCACCAGGAAGGAUGGAAUCCGAUCCUUUGGGGGACUCUCUGAAAUCUCCAGUGUGGGAACACAGCACUCUUACUCAGAUGAGGAGAAGGUGGCCUUCGUCAACUGGAUCAACAAAGCUCUGGCCAAAGAUGCAGACUGUCAGCAUCUGCUGCCCAUGAACCCAGAAGACAACAGCCUGUUCACCGCGGUCAAAGACGGCAUCCUGCUCUGCAAAAUGAUCAACUUGUCUCAGCCUGACACCAUCGACGAGCGAGUCAUCAACACCAAGAAUCUGACCACCUUCAAGAAGACGGAGAAUCUCGUCCUUGCAUUGAAUUCAGCCUCUGCGAUCGGCUGCACCGUGGUGAGCAUCGACGUUCACGAUUUGAUGGCAGGGAAGCCCCACCUGGUGCUGGGACUCUACUGGCAGAUUAUCAAAGUCGGACUUUUCGCUGAUAUAGAGAUCAGCAGGAACGAAGUCCUGAUUGGUCUUCUGAGUGAAGGGGAACAUCUUGACCAUCUGAUGUCCCUCAGCCCAGAGGAGCUGCUCCUCCGCUGGGUCAACUAUCACCUCCAAAGAGCCGGGACAAGCACCAUUCGCAACUUCAGUGACGAUAUCAAGGACUCGCAGGCGUACUUCUACCUGAUGGACCAGAUUUCCCCCAAAGGAGAUGACUUCAGCAUGAGCAUCAAGAUCGACAUGAGUGGUUUGAACGAGCCGAACUGGGAGCGGAGGGCCGAGCUGAUGCUGCGACAGGCCGCGCGGCUGGACUGCCGGCAGUUUGUGACGCCUCAGGAUGUGGUCUCUGGAAACAGCAAGCUCAACCUGGCCUUCGUCGCCAACCUGUUCAACAUGCACCCGGGUCUGCAGAGAGCGCAAAAUGGAUACGACACAGAACGACACAUCGAAGGUGAAACUCGAGAGGAGAAAACCUUCCGCAACUGGAUAAACUCUCUGGGCGUCUCUCCCUAUGUUAACCACCUCUACUGGGACCUCUGUGAUGGUUUGGUGAUCUUUCAGCUCUAUGAGAAGGUCAAAGUGAUGGUGAACUGGAAGAAGGUGAACCACCCCCCCUAUCCUGUCCUGGGGGGCAAUAUGAAGAAGCUGGAGAACUGCAACUACGCGGUGGAGCUGGGCCGGAAUGUGGCACACUUCUCACUGGUGGGCGUCGGAGGAGAAAACCUGAACGAGGGGAGCCCCUUGCACACGCUGGCUCUCCUCUGGCAGCUAAUGAGGAGGUACACUGUCAUGGUUCUGUCAGACCUUGGCGAUGGUGAGAAGAUUGGGGAUCAGAUCAUCCUCCACUGGGUGAACACUACGCUUAGCAACGCACACAAAGACACGCAGAUUGGCUCAUUCAAGGAUAAACUGAUCAGUACCAGCCUGCCGGUGAUCGACCUGAUCGAUGCCAUCGUUCCGAACACUGUGAGGUGGGACAUGGUGGUCCGCGGGGAGCGAGGAAUCCUGAAGGAGGCCGACAAGCUCAACAAUGCAAAGUACGCCAUCUCGCUGGCUCGAAAGAUCGGAGCUCGAGUUUACGCACUGCCCGAUGAUCUGGUGGAGGUCAACCCCAAAAUGGUGCUUACGCUGUUCGCCUGCUUGAUGGGUCGCGGCAUGAAGAAGGCCAUGCGCUAGAUUUACCACUUUUCCAACCUCCCUUUUCAUUGUUUCAGAGAAAACAUUUAAUUUAAAUAGACAUUAAAGGGGUAGAACUACGCAACUGCUCACAGGUUAUUUAAAAACUUUAAUGAAAACAAAACUCAUUUCCAAUUCCCAAUACCUUCUGAGUAACCAAACACUGACAUUUUGCAAUGUGAAAUAAAUACUUGCACCCUGUUGUAAAAUUGUAAUUGUAAAAUAUUUUCAUAUUUUAUGGUUAUAUUCUGCCUGAGACAUUUGAGAUUGACACCAGAUUUCAAAUCAAUUAUGAAUCAAUGUUUUUUUUUAUUAUUUAUGUAGACUAUAAAAUGAGAUGUUCCCCUUUCCCCAAUGUUGAGUUACCAAGAACUAUUAUUAUUGUUAACAAUUCUAUUCUUGCUUAAAGGUAAAUGGUGCAUUUGUUGAAUGAUAUUAUGCAAUGAUGCAAGCAGUGGCAUUUGCUGUCUAUAGUUAGUUAUAUAUAGGUGUGAUAUCAGCCAUGCUUCCCAGUCAACAUUAUUCAACCCACAAAUGGAUCAUC